AUGCAUGCGAGCAUCAAGACAGCGAUGUACGUGGCCAACCGCCCGGCCAAGGAUGAGAACACCGACAGGGCCAAAGCGUGGCUUGCAUGGGUAGACAGCGAACGAUGUUUAAUGCUUGCGAUGAUGGCAGACGUGGCUGACGAAGGGGUGUGCUUGACGAGACUGCUUGACAAUGAAGACGUUGACGCCGCCUGUCUCAAUUCCGAAGUGCUCCUGUUCAUCAGAAAGGUCGAGGCAAUGUUUGGUGAGAGCGAGCGGUGCUUAACUAUUUUCGGUUACACUUCGGUCAUGAUGGACCUCCUCAGCGAGCGCGUGGUUUGGCACGUCAGCGACGACUCUCGGAGCAUAGGUUUCGAGCGCGGUGUCCCCCGCGACAUUGUCAACAGGCGCAUGGAGAGGAUGAGGUCUCACGUGGUCCCGGCGCGCGCAGCGCUGGCAGCUGAGUUUCCAAGUUUCGAAAUGAGCCAGGCAUUCCAAGUGUUCGACUUGUCCAUCACGCACCCCCGGGCGGAUGUGCAUUUGCGGCGGAUUGCUCGGGCAUUGGAUCGCCGCGCCGCGGACAUCAAUCCAACUAGGCUGCAGGUUCAGUGGGAACAUGGGUUCCCGAGGGCUCGCCAACAACAGCAGAGAGGCUUGUCGAAUAAGGAAGCUUGGAGAUAUGUGAUACAGAAACUAGGGCAGCAGAGACUAGCGCUGCGGCACGACAUCGACGAUCUGAGAUCAGCUUUGGUUGCAUAUGUGGCCUUUGGAAUCAGCACGUCGGGGGCGGAGCAGAAGUUUAGCCUGGCUGCGCUCGAGUUUAACUGUCGCCAACUCUCCUCAGACGCGUGCAGCGAGGACAUGUUUCUCAAGAUCGCUCUGGACUUGCCCAAUCGUGACCUCAACAAAGUCAUUGACAGUGCCCGGCGGAUUUGGCUUGAGACCUGUGGGCGUCCUGUAGUGAGGAAGUUUCCGCGCAUCGACAAAGGGGUUAAGAGACCACGAACAGUGAUGAAGGAAGGCGAAGCCGAAUUCAUUCGUCAGCGCCGCAAGGCUGCGAGGCUCGCUGUUUCGGAUACAGUGGCUGGCGAUUCCACCAGGGAGGUCGGACCAGGCUCGAACCGGGGUGCCACGCACCAGAAGGAGCUCGACUUCUUGAAGAACAAGCAAAAGACUAAACGGUGCAUUGCAUACUCGGAGAACGUCCUCCUACCACAGGAAGUGACGCAUGCUGUUUGCGAAGACGCAGCCGCCAAACACAAGAAGCAACUUGCUGAUCAAUUGGCCAGGUCGCGUAAGACCGAGCGCGCGCGAUUGGCCGCGCUGGGCGCGCCAACGGCCAAGCUCCUAGAAGCUAUCAGGGGGAAGCCUGUUUUCGUGGAUAUACCUUGCAGGUCGCCACUGGUGGCGGCCGCACUCAUCGCGCAUCGCCUGAAAUCAGUGCGGAUGCACGAGGCUGAAGUUUUUGUUGCACGGGCACCAGGGCGCGCUGGCCCGUUCAUUAUCGCUGCAUCGGCGUUCCAAAGGGGAUGUGAAGUUACCCCCGGGCUUUUAAUUUCAAGCCGUCUUGGCGCUGGGGUCAAAAUGCCGCCAACGUAUCAUUUGAAGACAGUAACGUUUCUUGGGCGCCGAGUUCAGAGACACGCAACGUACGUUCUGCGAGUUUGUACAGAACUUAAUCAGGCACACCACAGGCUGCAAAUGGAGGCUUGGCGGGUUUAA